AUGGCCUGUUUUCCUGGGAGUGGGACUGACACUUCUCCCCUGCUCCAGGUCCAGAAGGUGGGCUCCAACAAGGCCCCUGGACUCCUGCCCACUAUUUACAGCCCCCUCAGUGGCAUGGAGAGCUCCAGCCUCUGCAUCCCCUCUUCCCACACAGGCAGCAGCCAUGAUUACAGCCCUGUAGCCUUCUACAACCACUCUACGCUGGGCUACAGCAGACCAACCAUCUCCGACAGCCCCUCUCUGUGUCCCCCUCUCUUCUGGCCCCCCCAUGACCACGGCCAGCACAACAUGCCCCCGCUGACCCAGCACUGUCCCCAACCCUUGCUGUACAGCAAUCCCAACCACCACGCCCCCUUUGAAGAGCCUAAACCUCUCAACCUCACCCCUAGCAGCCCUCUCCUCCACCCUACCAAGCUGCCGGGGAAGAACUUCUGUGCCGUAUGUAAUGACUACGCUUCGGGCUACCAUUACAGGGGCUGCGAGGGCUGCAAGACGAGGGCUGCAAGACCGUCUUGUGAGGGCUGCAGGGCCUUCUUCAAGAGGAGCAUCCAAGGGCACAAGGACUACGUUUGUCCAGGGACUAACCAGUGCACUAUCGACAAGAACCUCCGUAAAAUGUGCCAGUCCUGCCGCCUAAGCAAGUGUUAUGAAGUGGGCAUGAAGAAGUGUGGUAUGAGGCCGGAGCGCUACAGUUACAUGGGAGCGAGGCACAGGCGUGUACCUCAGGGGUGGGGGGCACCAGGCGGGCUGGUGGGGGUCGGUGCCAGGGCCCAGUGGAAUUUGGAGGGGGGCUCCCUCCCCCUGCUGGAGGUGCACCACUCAUCCCUGACCCCUGAACAGCUGAUAUCCUGCAUCAUGAAUGUGGAGCCGCCAGAGAUCUACCUGAUGGAGAACCUAAAGAGGCCCUUCACUGAAGCCAGGAUGAUGAUGUCACUCACCAAACUGGCCAACAAGGAGCUGUUCUUCAUGAUCAGCUGGGCCAAAAAGAUCCCUGGCUUUGUAGAGCUGAGUCUGACGUACCAGAUGCACCAGUUGGAGAGUUGCUGGUUGGACGUGCUGAUGCUUGGUCUGAUGUGGAGGUCUAUCGACCACCCUGGGAAACUCAUCUUCUCAGCAGACCUAAAGCUCAACAGGGAAGAGGGGAACUGUGUGAAGGGCAUCAUGAUUAUAUUUGACAUGCUACUGGCAGCCACCACGAGGUUUCGAGAGCUGAACCUCCAGAGAGAGGAGUAUGUCUGUCUGAAAGCCAUGAUCCUUCUCAACUCCAACAUAUGCUCUACCUCUCUGGAGAUGGCAGAGGAUCUGGAGAGCAGGGGGAAGCUGCAGCUUCUGUUGGACUCAGUGACAGAUGCCCUGGUGUGGGCCAUCUCCAAACAAGGCCUGUCCUUCCAGCUGCAGUCAGCCCGCCUGGCCCAUCUCCUCAUGUUGCUCUCAGACAUCCGCCACGUCAGUGGCAAAGGCAUGAAGCACCUCUCCGGCAUGAAGAAUAAUAAUAUUGUGCAGGUCUCCGACCUGCUCUUGGAAAUGCUCACCCACAGAAGCCGUAUGUCCGCACCUCAUGACCCCUCUAAUCACGACCUCACCGUGCUCCCAGCAACCCAAGCCCCUGCCCCUACCCAGGUUCCAGCCUCUGCUGUGGACCCCCAGUUCCAGCCACAUUCCCUACAGCCACCAUCCCAAACACUUGAGAGCAGUACAUCCACCCAGGGUGCUGGCCAGCUGAAUACCUCAGUGAGAGGGAUAGUGACAGAAUACAGCGUGGGACAGUGGGGCAUGGGUGGAGACUUCCUGACACUGUAAAGCACCCUACAGGGGUGACUGGACUGAA